AUGUCUCGGUCACUCCAGCUCAAGGAGGAGGGCAAUCGCCACUUUCAGACUGGCGACUAUGUCGGCGCUGAAAGCCUCUACUCUCAAGCAAUCCUCGUCGAUCCCAAGAAUCCCGCCCUCUUCACCAACCGUGCCAUGGCCCGCCUCAAGCUCCAGCACUGGGACUCGGUCAUCUCCGAUUGCAACACCUGCCUGGCGCUCGCGCCCUCCAACAUGAAGGCCAACUACUACCUCGCCCAAGCGCAGCUCGCCAUCCGCGACUACGAUGCCGCUCUCGAGAGCGCCAACAAGGCCCACGAGCUCUGCGCCGCCACAAACGACCGUUCUCUCGCCGCCGUCACCGGCCUCGUUCUGCGCGCCAAGAAGGAGCGCUGGGAGAGCCGCGAGAAGCGGCGCGCCAGAGAGGCUGUCGACCUUGAGCGUGAGCUGCGCGAGCUGCUUCAGUCGAGGCGCGACCAGCUCCUCGCCUCCGAGCCCGACGAGGCUGAGAAAGAUACCAUCCGCGAGGAGACAGACGCCAAGGCCGAGCUGCUCAAGGACAUGUUCGAACGCGCCCGCGCACAGGCCGGCGUUCGUCGCGAAGUGCCCGAGUGGGCCAUCGACGACAUUUCCUUUGGCAUCAUGGUCGAUCCAGUCAUCACCAAGACGGGCAAGUCAUACGAGCGUGCCUCCAUCAUGGAGCACCUACGCCGGCACCCCAGCGACCCGUUGACCCGAGAGCCGCUACAGCCUUCCGAGCUGCGACCCAACCUCGGACUACGGCAGGCCUGCGAUGAGUUUCUGGAGCACAAUGGCUGGGCCGUUGAUUAUUAG